AUGAAUCAUAUGCUCACUCAUCCUGCGUUUUUACUUCCAGACGCUCUCACGCAAGCUGCUUCGUUGCCACGAGACAGACUCGGUGAAUUUCUGAUCUUUCGGUUCACCAUUGUAGCUGCUAUCCUAUCUUCAGCAGGCGCAGAAGCAAGCUCCGGCGUCGAGCGGCGUGGCACGUCAGAAGAUACUGGACAAGAAGGUUCGGAAAGCCAAACUGUCAUUUCAGGGUGCAAUGUCAAGUACAGCAAGCUUAGUGGGCGUUUUCAAGUCAUGUUGCAGCCACGGCAAAGUCGCCGCUGUCCGGUCGGCUAUCACCGAUAUAGUCUCAUCCUUGUUGUGAGGGCCGAUCCCGAUGCAUCAGUCGUCCUCAAUUCGGCUCCGGCCGCUAACGACAUUCAAAACGGAACAAACAAGGCUCAAGCGCGCUCUGAUUGA